CAGUUGACGAGUGCGCAGUGUUAAAUGUUCUAUGUUAUAUAUCGGACUCGGAUUCGGACUCGGACUUAUUGCGCAAAUUAAACGGUGUUGUGCGGAAUCAGAUCAGAUCACAUUACGAGGUUUACUUACGCUUUUUGUUCAAGUAAAGAAAAGAAGCGAAGCGGCAGCUGUUGAUGCUGCUUUGGCUCAAUUGACCUGGUUUUGAAUUACAUUUUGAUUUGAAUUCGCACAGAAAAUGCGGAAAUACAAUUAUAUCAGAGUGCAAGUGCAAAGCUAACUUAACAAUAAUAUAUAAAUAUAUGUUCAUAUGAUCAUCAAAAUGAAAAGGGAACGCAAAAUAAUUGUUGAACACCACGAAGGAGAAGCAGAAGUAGAAGGAAAUGCUAGCUGCCAUUCACCGAUAACUGCCAAAGUCAUUGGAAGGGUAAAGGGGGGCAUUAUAGGGUUGAUAUCGCUGCCGCUGCUGCUUCUAGCGAUCUUAAUGAACACAUCCUGUGUGGAAGGCGCUCGCGAUCAUCGCAAACAAACAAAUCUGGAGGCCAAAGUUGGUUCGCAUGUCGUCUUCAAUUGCUAUAUAGAUUUCCCAUACGAUUCCCCCAUACCCUACGUUGUGCACUGGAGCAAAGACAACAAAAAAAUCUUCACUUGGUUCGAGAACGAGACCUCCACAAAUGAGCUCUUCAAUGGCAGAUUGCAACUGGUCGGUCCGCAUCCAGACUACGGCAAGGCGUCGGUCAAUUUGACGGCGAUACGUGAAUCUGACCAGGGCUGGUAUCACUGCCAGGUGAUCUUUCCCAACCGAUCGCCGAGUGUACGAAACAAUGGAACCAGCUACCAUCUGGCUGUCCAGGGUGGUUCCCUCAUCAAAAUUCCACCCGUUAAUCAAACAAUUAUGGAGGGUCAAACUGCAUUCUUUCACUGUGUCAUGAAGUAUCCGGAUAACUCGCAGGCUGCCUGGUAUAAGGACGGUGUUCUCCUGCAGGAGGUGCAGGAUCUGGUGCGUCGUUCCUUUAUGGGACCCGACGGCAGCCUCAGCAUCGACCCCACCAUGAUGAGCGACCUGGGCGAAUACGAGUGCAAGGUGCGCAAUCACGAUGGCGAACUGCAAACGGCCAAAGCCUUUCUCAACAUACAAUAUAAGGCCAAGGUGAUUUAUGCGCCGCCCGAGGUUUACCUGCCCUACGGUCAGCCGGCAGUGCUGGACUGUCAUUUUCGGGCGAAUCCGCCGCUGAAGAAUCUGCGCUGGGAGAAGGAUGGGCUGCUGUUUGACUCGUACAAUGUGCCUGGUGUGUUCUACAAGAUGAAUGGGAGUCUGUUCUUCUCCAAGGUGAACGAGAACUAUGCGGGUAGUUAUACCUGCACACCCUACAACGACCUCGGCACCGAUGGACCCUCGCCCAUCAUUAGCGUCAUUGUGCUCCGUCCGCCCAUUUUCAGUGUUACACCAAAGGCGAUUUACAUACAGAAACUGGGCGAGACUGCCGAGCUGCCCUGCGAAGCCAUCGACCGGGACGGAAACAAUCGCCCAACCAUUGUCUGGAGUCGGAAAGAUGGACAGGCAUUGGCAGUGGAGCGUCACCAUUUCAGUGGCGGCAAUUUGACCAUCACGAACCUAAUUGAAACGGACCGUGGCAUGUACGAGUGCUCGGCAACGAAUGAGGCCGCAACAAUAACCGCCGAAGCUGAAUUAAUGAUUGAGAACAUUGCGCCACGCCCACCUUACAAUCUCACCGCGAACAGUACGGAAACCUGCAUCACAAUCCGCUGGCAGCCAGGCUACCUUCGACCCAAUCAGGAGUACACUGUGUGGUAUCGAUUGAGCGAUGCUCCCGAGUGGAGAACUCUCCGCAUCCUGGACAAGAGUGUGAUGGAGGCCACAGUGCAGCACUUGCUGCCUGGCAGGGAUUACGAAUUCAUGGUGCUCAGCCAGGACAAAUACGGCGACGGCAUGUUUAGCAAACAGUUCCGCUUCCAAACUCAAGCAUCUCCAUUCCGAGGAGAGGACUUCGAUGGUCAACAGCUACCACAUCAGCAGCAACAAUCGCCCAUUGCGGGUGGCUUGGGUGCCCCAUGGAAUUUGAGUGUAAUCAGCAAUCCACAAGGUUGGCUGCUCCACUGGGAGCAUCCCACAUUGGGCCUGGAAACGUUGCGUCUUUAUACGGUGCGCUGGUGGAAGGAGCCGGAACAUUAUCUCAUCGGCACAGCGGACACCUUUGACAAUUUCUAUCAGUUACGACACCUCAAAGAGGAUGUCACUUUUAAGAUUCAGGUGCUGGCGGUGGGCGCUGAUGGGCAGCAGAUGGUGCCCAGCCCGGAGCUGUACUUGGAGGUGCCGUCGCAGCGCAAGAUGCGUGCUUUGAUCAUUGGCAGCUCCGUUGGAGUCCUGUUUCUACUUUGUGCAUUGUGUGCUUUUUUAUACGUGAAACGUAGCUGCUUGCGGCACUUGUUUGCCCGGGACAGCGAGGGGGGCGACGAGGACACGGCGGAGAGCGGCGACUGCGACAGCGAUCAGGAGCGAGAUAGCAACAAAAUACGCGCUUCCUCCUGAGAAAUGCAGAUCACGUGGCGAUUUGGGGAGGAGAACUGCGAAAAUGCCCGGCGAAAUUGUUGUUCAGUGAGUUUUACGUUUGUGCCAGACGAAUGAGGGAGGAGGGCGGAGGGAGAAGGGAGGAGGGAAUAACCGAGUACCGCAUAAUACUGUUUUAUAAUUUAUUUCUAGUUUCUAUUUGUACAAUACAAUUUUACUAAUUCUUUAAUGUAAAAGUUCAACUAAUGAAAGUCAAUUAUUAAAUUCAAGUAACAUUCCAA